AUAUUCCCCUUCCUAUCGACUGAAUAUUGACAGAUUAGCCAUGCGGUUUCGGAGUUGUGUAAAUUGAAAUUUAGUCGUGCACGUGGUGUCCUGUUGCUUAAAACUAAGGUAAUGCGCGGGUUCUAAAAAAGUUAGGUUAAGAAAUGAUUGAAGACGUCGAAAGUAGUUUAGUGUCAACAAAAAUUGAUAAUAAAAGUGGAAACAAACAACAAAAUGGAACGGUAAAUCAUGAAGGUGGUAAUAAACCACCGGCGGAUGGGGGAUCGCGAGCAUGGGUGAUAAUGUUAGCUUCCUUUUUUUGCAAUGGAAUCUUAUUUGGCGUUAUCAAUUCUUAUGGAGUUCUUUAUUCGGAAUUUUACGAUAAAUUACAAAGUAGAAAUGAUAGUCGUGCUUCUGGAAAAGCAGCUUUAAUUGGUUCCUUUUCCAUGGGAACAGUAUUUUUCGUGUCUCCCGUAUCUGGGGUUUUGACUGACAAUAUAGGCCUUCGACAAACAACAUUCCUCGGUGGUGCAAUUGCUUCCGGUGGAAUGUUACUAUCUUCAUUCUUUAUCGAUGAUAUCGUAAUUCUAUGCAUUACGUAUGGAGUCAUGUACGGUUUAGGAGGGGCAUUAGCGUAUACACCGUCUUUGGCUAUUUUAGGACAUUAUUUCAAAAAGUAUUUGGGAAAAGUUAACGGCUUCGCUGCAGCCGGUAGUUCAGUAUUCACGAUUGUAAUGCCUUACUUAAUCGAUGCUUGUUUAAGGCGAUUUGAGAUAGAAUGGACUCUGCGAAUAUUGGCUCUUCAAUCAAGUUUAAUAAUGCUCUUCGCGUUCUUGUUCAAGCCAAUCACCCUAACUCCACAAAUUAAAUAUAAAAAAACUACAAUCGCUGAUAUUUUCAAUAUCGCUCUGUUUAAAAAUUACAAAUAUGUAAUCUGGGUGAGUUUUAUAGCCAUUUCUUUGUUUGGUUAUUUUGUGCCAUAUGUAUAUAUGCUCAAAUUCGUCGAACUGAACUUUGAAAAAGGAUCCGACACCAAAUUACCUAUAAUGUGUAUAGGUGUGGCAUCAGGUUUCGGGAGACUAAUAUUUGGUUAUAUAGCUGAUUUACCUAAAGUUAAUAGAAUUUACAUGCAACAAUUGAGUUUUUUCAGUAUAGGAUUAAUGACAAUGUUAUUACCUUUUACUGUUGGACAUUAUGCAUGGUUAGUAGUAAUUACAUUGGCUAUGGGUAUUUUUGAUGGAUGUUUUAUAGCUCUUUUGGGUCCUAUAGCAUUUGAUAUCUGCGGUCGAGAAGGAGCUACACAAGCAAUAGGUUUUCUUUUAGGAGUAUGUUCUAUACCAUUAACGUUGGGUCCUUAUAUUGCUGGUAUUAUUCUCGACACAUACAAUAACUAUACAUUGCCUUUUAUGUUGGCUGGUGUACCACCCGUGAUAGGAUCCAUAGGGUUAUUUGCCAUAAAAUGCUCUCCGAAAACCUCAAUACAAAAUAAAACAAAACAAACGCAAAAUAUUAAAGUGGAUGCCACUGAGAAAGAAUCGUUUGCCUUGCAAGAAGACGUCAUAAAACCAUAAAAAUGAAGACAAACCAUUUUUAUAAAAAAUUUUCAAUAAUCUCACUUGUUUACUCAUAAUCUGCUCCAUUCCUGUAAACAUUGUGUUCUACUUGCUUUUAUAUACAUAAUGUUUCAGUCAAUUCACAUAUAGAUCAGACAGAAAUUUUUCUAAUUACAUAGGCUGUGAAAACAAUAUGGUAAUUUUUUGAAAAUAAUCAAAAUUAUUUUUAACUGAAAUUAGCACGCCUUUAUAAUUGAUAGUUAUAUUUCAAGCCGAACAUAUGGGAUUUAUAUUUUUUUUAAAUAAAAGAUUAAUAAUUGGCAUAUAGAAAUGAAUUCAACCAAUUAUAUGAAUAUCUCAAAUGCAAUGGAUUUUAAGUGAAAUGACUUGAAUUAAUUUUCGAUGGUUUGGAAAUGUGCCAUAGAUAUUAUUAUCAGUAAUAACAGUAUUAAAAUAUAUCUAACGUUGUUUAAGACAAAA